AUUCAACAAGUACUUGAGAGAAGAACUAUUAAUGAAGAGAAUGAAAAUGGAGUGCAGAGUUCUCCUGGUGUUGGUCAUUGUUGCUUUGAAUAUUGUGGAAGGAGCCAUGGCAGCUCAACAUAUUGUCGGAGGAAGCCAAGGCUGGGAGGAAACUGCAGAUUUCGAUUCAUGGGCUUCCAGUAAAAAAUUUAAAGUUGGAGAUCAACUAGUUUUCAAGUACACUUCGGGGCUACACAGUGUGGUCGAGAUUGCUGGUGAGAGUGCCUACAAGAGUUGUGAUCUUGGCAGUGCACUAGACUCCAUGAAUACUGGCAACGAUGUAGUGAAAUUGAACAAGGUGGGCACUCGUUACUUCGCCUGUGGUACUGCAGGCCAUUGCGAACAAGGCAUGAAAGUGAAGAUUACAACAGAAGCAGGAACUGCACCUUCUACACCAGACUCGUCUUCUUCAUCACCACCUGCUUCCUCAGCUUCUUCCAUCCACCAGUCUUUUGCUUGUUCCUUUGUUCUGCUUGCUGCAUUAGUGGUUACCAGUUUUGUUUAUUGCAUGUGUUGAGGAUGUUAAUUAAGGUUGUUGGGUACGAUGACUGGCUUGGAAGUUAUUCAUUUUGUAUGCUUGUCUGUGGAGUUGCUUAAACUGUAGGUGAUGAGUGGAAUUUGUUUUUAGGUUGAGGAACAAACUCAGAAGAUUUAUGGGUGUACACAGAGUAGAUCUGGGAUUUUUAUUUUAUGGGGGAAAAUAAAAUUAUAUACGCAUAUUUUGAUUAAUUAAAAUAACCGAAUAAAACUUUUUUUUUU